AUGAACUAUCUACUCAAGUCAAUUGCGAACUUUCAGUUUCCAUACUCUCUCCAGGAUGAGCCUACUUUGAGAACACCUCUUUGGGAAGUUCACCUGGCUACUAGAAAAUCGGAUGCUUUACCUGUGACUGUGUUUGCCCAUUCAGAUCUGAAUAAUACGGUUUCUCGACCGCUAGUUCAAAAUGCAGUACAAAAAUCCAAGACUUUAAAAUUACCUGGGUUGGUGCGUGUAUUAGAGGUUAUUGAUUCCGAUCCAAAUACGGUUUAUAUUGUUACUGAACGAGUGCAACCGCUAUUUCCUGAAAAUGUUGGUGGUUUAAAAGAAAGCGCUUUGGCACUUGGGAUGUAUCAGAUUUGUAGUACGUUGCGAGUUCUACAUGAUCAUGCUUCAGUUGUUUUAGGAAACCUAUCGAAGGGGAGUAUAUAUUUAAAUGAGCUCGGUGAAUGGUGUUUGUUUGGAUUAGAGUUAUGUUCUGCCAAGGGUGACGUAUCAGAUAUUAAAAGCAAACUGGAUGCGUACAAUUCACUAAUGAAGAACACUAUCCAUCAAUUGGUCCCUACUGAGUCUUCUCAAAUUGACUCUGUUCAUUUAGCCGCAUUGAUCAAGGAUAUAUAUUCGUUUAGGGUUCCUGCAUCCUGGCAGCCUUUGAUUGAAAGGCUCUCUCAAGGUAGAAUUACGAUUUCACAAUUUUUACUGAAGGCAAACACAACCAAGACAUUUCAAACACCAUUGAUUAAAGUUUAUGAACACUUGAAGGAAACCCAUAUUAAGGAUGCUGAGGGGAAGCUUGUAUGUAUGGCUGAAGUGCAUCAGCUUUUAAUGAACAAUCCAGGUUUAUUAGUUGGGUGUGCACCUGGGUUUGUAGAUCGAUUUAUUGUGCCACAGUUAUCUGAAAUUGCUAAGGAACAAAUCGCUAGUCAGCAGUUACAAAAGUCUGGGUUUCACGAUCCUUCGAAUUUAAUAACAUUGGUGGCAACUGCAUUGGAAUUAUCUUGUUCUGAACACCCAAAUAUUCAACUGACUAGUACGUUUGAUAACUAUAUCAAGCCGUUGAUCUUUGAAACUUAUAAACUUUCAGAUCGACAAUUAAGAUUUUUAUUGUUAAUCUAUUUGCCAGGAUAUAUAAGUAAACUUUCGAAGAAGGAUUUUCAAAAUCAGAUAUUUACUUAUUUCAUCCAAGGUUUGGCGGAUUCUGAGCCAUUGUUAAGAUUACAAACACUAAAAAAGCUUUCCUAUGCUGUAGACAUGAUAACGGAACGACAGUUAAAUAACGAAUUAUUAAGAUGUCUUGCUAAAACACAGGUUGACCAAGAUGUGGAUAUUCGUACGUGGACCAUCUUAAAAAUAUCUGAAAUUUCUGAAAAAAUGUCUGGCAGCGAACGUUCAAAUAUUCUAGCUGUUGCAUUCACAAAAUCUCUCAAGGAUCCAGCUGUGACACCAAGGCUUGCUGCGGUAUACGGGUUGAUGAAAGCUAUAGAUUUAUUUGACGCGGAGACAAUUGCCAAUAAAAUACUAACUGUUAUCGCUCCCGGUUUACUUGAUUCUAAUAUGCAAGUUAGGACGCAGGCAAGAGAAUUAUUUGAAGUUUAUUUCAAAAAACUCGAGGCAGAAUCAAGUGUAACUGACAAACAAACGAAAAACCAAAGUGAGUACGUGGAAGUUAAUUUUGAAUCCAUGUUGGAUGCUACGGAUGAUGAUUUGGUUAAUAAUUUUUUGAAUAAUUUAAAGAUAUCGACUGUGCCAAGUGAGCUUUCUGUUCGCUCACCUACAGUACCUUCUUCCAGCGCUGACAAUGAUGGUUGGAAUGAUUUUUCCUUUGAUACUGACCAAGACAAUACUGGGGGGAAUCAAAAUAAAAGUACCCAUCUAAUGACUGGAAAAGUUAAUUUAAAGUCUUCGGUUUCAUCGUUCAAGAACUCUAAACUAGAAUCCAACAAUGGGUUGGCGUCUAAUACCCCAAAAAAACCAAAUUUUGGUGCAGUAAAGAUACAGAAAUCUUGGAAUGACGAACUUAGUGAAUCUGAAGGUGAUUAUGACGAUAGUUGGAAUGAACCCAAGGUUCCCAAGAAGUUAAUCACAAAGACCAUUAAAAAUAAAAAACAAAUAUUAAAUUCUAUUAGAGUAUCCACACAGUCUGUAAAAUCUGUUCAACGAAAAAAAGAGCCAGUGCUCUCGACUUUUACCAACCAUAACGAUGAUGGUGGUGACGAUAGUGAUGGUUGGGACAAUGAAUGGUGA